AUACAGAGUACACAAUUCAAAGUUCAUCCCAACCUACUAUAUGACUGGGAGUGUCAAGCACAGAUCUUUGGAUUGGGAAUUUCAUGUGCUUGGUUUAAAGCCCAGAUUUAGUUUGAGCAAGAGUUAAUCAUGAAGACUGUGAAGGGCUUCUGUGUCUUUUUCGUGCUGCAUCUAUGUUUCUUCGACUCAGGAAUGACUGGGAAAGUUCUUGUAUGGCCCAUGGAUUUUAGUCACUGGAUGAAUUUAAAAGUUAUUCUGGAAGAACUCCAAGUUCGCGGGCAUGAGAUAACCAUCCUGAUACCUUCAUCAAGCCUUCUGCUUGAUCAUGCUAAGCUUCCCUUUAACGUGGAGAUCCUUCAAAUUUCAAAAAGCAAAGAAAGCUUCAGGGAAGAGCUGGAUGCUGGUCUCCAUACACUCUCUUUUGAAGUGUCAAAACUUUCGUGGUGGGACAGGCACGUCAAGUUCACACGAAUGCUCAGAGAUUUUUUUUUGACAACCAGAAGCAUAUGUGACAGUGCUGUCACAAACAAGGAGUUACUCAGCAGGCUACAGGCAGCAAAGUUUGAUGUCUGUAUUGCUGACCCUAUAAGCUUUUGUGGGGAGUUGGUGGCUGAGCUCCUCAAUAUUCCAUUUGUAUACUCUCUUCGUUUUUCUGAUGGAUAUGUCUUUGAGAGACUGUGUGCUGGACUUCCUAUGCCUUCUUCAUAUGUUCCAAGCAGCACAUCAGGACUGACAGAUAACAUGACUUUUGUUCAGAGGCUGGAGAAUUGGUUAUUGUAUGCGGUGAGGGAAGUGAUAUAUCCAUAUUUUGUAUUUCCAGAAUGGGAUGAGUAUUAUAGCAAAGUUUUAGGAAAACCUACCACAUUAUGUGAGACUAUGGGAAAAGCUGAAAUGUGGUUGAUUCGAACCUCCUGGGAUUUCGAAUUUCCUCACCCUUCCUUGCCUAAUUUUGAAUAUGUUGGAGGACUGCACUGCAAGCCUGCGAAGCCCCUGCCUAAGGAAUUAGAAGAGUUUGUUCAAAGCUCUGGAAAAGAUGGAGUUGUGUUGUUUACUCUGGGGUCAAUGGUCAAAAACCUCACAGAAGAAAAGUCUAAUAUGAUUGCAUCAGCUCUUGCCCAGCUUCCACAGAAGGUUGUGUGGAAGUACUCAGGAAAAAAGCCAGAAACCUUAGGAGACAACACUCGGCUAUAUGAAUGGAUUCCACAGAAUGAUGUUCUUGGUCAUCCCCAAACCAGAGCUUUUAUCACUCACUGUGGAACCAAUGGGAUCUAUGAAGCUAUAUACCAUGGGGUCCCUGUGGUGGGAAUCCCCCUGUUUGGUGAUCAGUUUGAUAAUAUUGCUCGUGUCCAAGCUAAAGGGGCUGCUGUUCAAUUAGACUUGCUCACAAUGACGAGUUCUGACCUACUCAAUGCUUUGAAGGCAGCUAUUAACAAUCCUUCCUAUAAAGAGAAUGCUAUGAAGUUAUCAAGAAUUCACCACGAUCAACCUGUGAAGCCCCUGGACCGGGCGGUCUUCUGGAUUGAGUUUGUCAUGCGCCACAAAGGAGCCAAGCACCUGCGGCCAGCAGCCCACGACCUCACCUGGUACCAGUACCACUCUCUCGAUGUGAUUGGGUUCCUGCUGGCCUGUGUGGCAGCGAUUACAUUUCUGGUCACUAAAUGCGGCCUGUUUUGUUGCCGGAAGCUUGGUAAAACUGCAAGGAAGAAAAAGAGAGAGUAGGUUUUUUGUUUGUGUGUGUACCGGUUGAUCUGGAACAAUGUACAGAGUUCAUCUGAAUUCAUUCGGCCAUGGAUUGGAACCAGAUUCCUCUCCUACUCUUCCGGGUGCCUGUCCAUUCCUCAGCUUUGUCACAUGCAACAUCGAAGAAUCACCCCUGCAAUGUGCCAUGUGAUUUAGAAUUAAGGUUUAAGAUAAUCUAUUCCUUGAAAAGAGAUGCUAAACAAAUAAACACAUGGAAGAUGCUACCGCUAA